GUUAUCAGUGGUAUAAUAGGUACUUAUCAUGACUUAAUUCAUACAAUAUUUGAAUAUUUGCAUUUCGCAUUAACGAUAGAGGACUGAGGAAUAGACCGUCAAUCACUUAAGGACGUUAAGGUCGUCAUUUGGUAUUUACUCAUGGUUGUAAUGUGUCGAAGAUUUUUAUAAACCUCCACGGUUCCACCACCAACAAUUUGAUCCAUGGACCGACGGCUUAAGAAUGCCCUGUGCGCCGCAUCUGCUGGAGUCUGCGGUUCAUCGGCCGGCUUGUUUGGCAAAAUUGGAAUGAGUGUCAACGAGUUAUUCGGCUUGAACGAUCAGGCUCUGUUCACAAAUUUGAUCAGAUUCAUCAUGUUGGUAAUGGUCGUUCUGGCCAACAUUGGUGUUUGGCUUAUGUAUACUAGAUCCCUGCAAUUCGGUUCCACAUUGAUAUCUACUGGCAUCGGCAUCGCGUCCAAUUACAUUUUCACCGCUCUAACUGGUGUACUAUUGUUUGCUGAGAGCUGCUCAAUUCUAUGGGCAUGUGGUACACUGUCUGUCAUGAUUGGUGUUAUACUGAUGUCGAUUUGAAUGUUUAAGAAAUAAAAAUAUUUACUGAUCUCAUGUAUAUAAUAUUGUUAUUAUUUGAAUAAAUAAGCAUGCAUGGA